AUGUUCAUGUUAGACUUGUCCAGUGUUGGGGUUAGUUUCUCAUGUUAUAUGACUGGCUUUGUUUGUGAUGGCAGGUCUGCACGGGACAGUGAUGAUGAGGAUGAUGAAGACCGGAGAGGAAGGAGCUGCACGUUACAGUACCAGAAUGCCAUGGUUCGAGUGUUGACACACUUUGUGACCGAAUCCGCCGACCCCCGUGGUCAACUGACCUUCAUGCUGGGCAGUGAUUGGCAAGUGGACAUCACUGGGCUGGUGUGGGACUUCCUGAAGGUGGAGGACCCCCAGAUAGCUCAGCUACAGGACGGACACAUACUGGUGGGACUAGACAUGGGGAUGACCACCAUCCAGGUACGCUGUAUGUGUGUUAUGAUCAGGUGUUUCAGUACAACGGAUGAGUAAAAAUAAACAGAACAAGUUUGACUAGAGAGAGGAGUGAGGGGAGGUGGAAGGAGCUGGAAAAUAGAACAGUAAAACAUCCCUGUCUGUUUUAAUAAUAGAGCUGAAAAUACCUUAAAAACAGUCAUCUGAAGUCAGUCAUAACAAUGGGAUUUGCAAAUGUCGAGUGGAGUAGAUAAAAUCUAUAUUAGUGCAGUCAGUCAGCCAGCCAGACAGGUUGUUAUCAAUGGUCCCAUGUCUCCAGGUCUGGACUGUGGUGACAGCAAAUGGGGCCUCACCCUGGUGCAGAGCGUAAGCAUGUCAUCUCUCACUAGCAGGGUCCCUUCAUUUUUCAGCCUCCACUGGCUAACUGGAUAAAUAGCAGUUAGUUAAUGAUAUCUGUGUGAAACAAAUCAGCAUCUUGACAGUGUGGACUCAUCCAUCUGUCUGCAGGCAGAUGUGCCCUCACCUCCACACUCAUCACUACCCAUCCUCUGGCUCCCACCUCCCGUUAGGCUGGGCACAGAGGAAAACCCUCCCCAGCCCAAAAGCACGAGAUGAGACAGGCCAAAACUUGGAAUACCUGUCUGUCACACCUAUUUCCUCACAAAGAGCUAGAGAGGGAUCUCAAUGAAUGGGUACACAGGGAAAGAUCUAUUUAUUUUCAAAAUGAAAUUAGGGAUGCACUAAUUGGAUUACCAGGAAAGGUCCAUUAACAUCAGGUCUCUGCCUACUCCAGUGUGUAUUGCUGGUGGUUUUCUCUUCACAUCAUCAUUUGAUUAAUGUUUCCUGGAUAAACACCUGACAAUGAAUAGUGGAAGGGCUUGUUCAGGUCACUCCAUUUACAGACAAAUAACUCAAUCUAUAUCCUUGUCAAAUUAAAUGGAAGCCAGCAUAAUGUUGGAAGGCAUCAAGGUCAGAGCUGAGAAUCACUGCAGGAUUUACAGAGCGUCUCCCUACUUAAACAAGGUAACAUGGUUGUGUGACAACACUGUGAAGGUGAUGUUUGACGUCCACACAGCUGUGAGCACAUGGAUGUGAAUGAGUGUGUGUUGCAUAAUGCACACGGUUAUACCAGGCUUUUAUAUAUCUAAUAUAAAAGCCUGUGUUUUGAAAGACCCGCUCACCUCACAUCCCCUCUGAUGUUUUCUUGGGGAAAAAAGUCACUUGUUUCUUUCAAAGAGUAAUGCUUUUCAUGUCCCAUCUUUAAUCUGGAUUAAUUCCAAGGGUUUCUCUCUCUCUCUCUCUCUCUCGCUCUCCCCCUCCCUCCUUCCUUCCCUCUCCCUUGUGUUGUCCCAGGUCCUGUCCCCCCUGUCGGACUCCAUCCUGGCAGAAAAGACGGUGACGGUAGUGAAUGAGAAAGUGACCAUCACAGAGCUGGGGGUGCAACUGGUCACCGGCCUGGCUCUGAACCUGCAGCUCAGCCCAGGAAGCAACAGGGCAAUCCUCGCCACGGCAACCACACAGGAAGUGCUGCAGAGCCCAAAACAGGUCUGUUCAACAUACUGUAGAGAUCUUUGGAAACGAUCAGUUAACAUCCCUUUGAUUAAAAAGGUGAUUUAAGAAACAGUUUAUAGUAGAUUAUUUAAUGUAAGCCUUGACUGUUUGGAUCCCCUUUCACACAAUUGCAGUCCUUUAAUGUAAACAUUCAGUAAGUACUGUGAAUACGUGUGUGUGUGUGUGUGUGUGUGUGUGUGUGUGUGUGUGUGUGUGUGUGUGUGUGUGUGUGUGUGUGUGUGUGUGUGUGUGUGUGUGUGUGUGUGUGUGUGUGUGUGUGUGAAUGCCUGUGCUUGUUUGUUCGUUCCACUGCAUUCCUAACCCUCUUAACUCCAACUCUUGAAAAGCAGAGUGUGACAGAAUGUGUUUCCUUAGGCAUCUAAUAGAAAGGGAAGCUUAAUCUCAGAGUGUGUAAAAGUUUCUGUAAGAAAACACAAUUUACAGGCCGAGCUCUUGCUGUCCUAUCGUCUUUCGCCUCACUUUCUCCCUUGCUCUCCUUCUCUUGUGAACGCUUUGAUCCCUUUCUCUUUCUAGAGAAAGGAUAGAAUGGAGGACAGGCUAGUUUUAUCAGUCCGAUCUCUGUAGGGAUGAUGUCCGUGCGGGGAUAAGCGUCCAGGAAUUCCCCUAGAGGAUCUGUAAUUAGAGAGCAAUUGCAGCCCACAGGGAUCUCCUCCCCUGCUCCCGGGGAUUUGUCCUGUGGCCAUAUUAAAGAGCAAAUUGCAGAAAGGGACUUAAGAUGCUUGUCUGUGGCAAACCUCAUUUGCUGUCUUUAAUGUGACUGUCUGAUACUGUAUUUUCCCUAUCUUUUAAUCUGUGUCCCCUCAGCUCUCUGAGCACCACAGGAGGUUGGUGGCACCUUUAAUUGGAGGGGACGGCUCGUGGUAAUGGCUGGAGCGCAAUAGGUGGAAUGGUAUCAAAUUUCAUUCGCUCCAUUCCAGCCAUUAUCAUGAGCCGUCUUCCCAUCAGCAGCCUCCACUGCUGAGCACAGCACUGUUAGCGAAACAGUGGGUCUUUAGUGAGCUAUCCCCUACCUUAUGAUUCCCACUAAUGUAAUACACUAUAUGACCAGAAGUUUAUGGACACCUGCUCGUCGAACAUCUCAUUCCAAAAUCAUGGGCAUUAAUAUGGAGUUGGUCCCCCCUUUGCUGCUAUAACAGCCUCCACUCUUCUGGGAAGGCCUGGCUCGCAGUCGGUGUUCCAAUUAAUCCCAAAGGUGUUCAAUGGGGUUGAGGUCAGGGCUCUGUGCAGGCCAAUCAAGUUCUUCCACACUGAUCUCGACAAUCCAUUUCUGUAUAGACCUCGCUUUGUACACAGGGAUUUGUUAUGCUGAAACAUAACAAAUCCCACAAAGAUGGAAGCACAGAAUCGUCUAGAAUGUAAUUGAAUGCUGUAGCGUUAAUAUUUCCCUUCACUGGAACUAAGUAACCUAGCCCAGACCAUAAUUCCUCCUCCACCAAACUUUACAGUUGGCACUAUGCAUUGGGGCAGGUAGCGUUCUCCUGGAAUCCGCCAAACCCAGAUUAGUCCAUCGCACUGCCGGAUGGUGAAGCGUGAUUCUUCCAUUGCUCCAGAGUCCAAUGGCGGCGAGCUUUACACCACUCCAGCCGACGCUUGGCAUUGUACAUGGUGAUCUUAGGCUUGUGUGCGGCUGCUUGGCCAUGGAAACCCAUUUCAUGAAGCUCCAGACGAACAGUUCUUGUGCUGACGUUGCUUCCAGAGGCAGUUUGGUGUUGCAACUGAGGACAGAUUAUUUUUACGCGCUACGCACUUCAGCACUCUGCGGUCCACCUGUCAGCAACAGGUGUGGCUGAAAUAGCUGAAUCCACUAAUUUUAAGGGGUGUCCACAUACAGUACUUUUGUAUAUAUAGUGUAUAUGGCUCUUUAUGACUCACAGUGCUGUAGUCCUACAUUUCUAAAAAUGCUAAAAAAUUUACACAAGUAUAUUUUGUUGCUGUAAUUUUACAUUCUGAUCCUUUGAACCUUGCACGUUUGAAGUCUCCAGUAGUCAGGCAACUUUGUUUGCUUUCUUGUUCCUGUGAUAGAAACGUUUCACUCAAGGAAAUGGUUUGAUUUCUUUAAUUCUGGCAGUUACCAAUUACUCUGUACAGUGAUGUAUAAGAUAAGCUUGCCUAAUGAAAUAAUAGCACAGGAACAUUUCUGAAAUAGGCUCUGUCUCAUUUAUACAUUCUUACAACUAAUGAAUAAAUGGGUUUUAAAUUGGUUUUAAAAUUAUUCUCUACUAAUGGUGAGGUUGUUGCUCUACAAAAUGUGAUAAUGUGACCCUGUGUGAGGACGUUGUCAGUGUUACAUUGGGUGGUCCUCUGUAGCUCAAUUGGUAGAGCAUGGCGCUUGUAACGCCUGGGUAGUGGGUUCGAUCCCCGGGACCACCCAUACGUAAACUGUAAGUCGCUUUGGAUAAAAGCGUCUGCUAAAUGGCAUAUUAUUAUAUUAUGUUUUUCUUUUCUUUUUUCUUUGCUCUUGUUUGUGUGUGGUUAUGUGUGUAUUACCUACUCACUGUCUGUGUGUGUUUUGUGUGUGUUUGUAUAGGAGGCUCUGAUCAGCGCGUGGCUACACUUCAGUGAUGGCUCCAUGGCUCCUCUGGAUCUGUACAACCCAGACUACUUUGUCCUGACGGCCACAUCUCUGGAUGAGGAGGUGGUGACAGUGCAGCAGGACCCCUCCUGGAAGUGGCCUGUGAUCGUGACUGAGGCCGAGGGCCAGGGCCUGCUGGUCAGGGUGGAGAUGACCGUCUGUGAGCUCUGCCAGAAGUUCAAGCGGCGCAGCGUUUUGGCUGCAGGGAACUGCAACGUCAAGGUGAAGUUUGGCCAGAGCGACAGUGGCACCUCCAGAAGCAGUGACUACGGGCCGGAGGGCGAGGAGCUGGAGAACAGGGCCAGCGACCGCAGGCAGCAGUCCCCCUUCCAGGACAGGACUGGAUUGGAAGCCCACUACUACGGCAGCUCCAUCUCUGACAUGGAGGACGGGGUCAUGAGGAGGGUCACCACCACCACCAAGAGUACCAUCAUCAGGAGGCCCAAUGGAGACAAGCUGUCAGACGAUGGGAACCAGGUCCAGAACAUGCCAGACUUCCCUGCCCAGGUGGACCUCCCUCGCAGCCGCAACAUGGAGGAUGAUCUGAUCCAGACAGCCCGGGGCCUCACUGACCUGGAGAUCGGCAUGUACGCCCUGCUGGGGGUCUUCUGCCUGGCCAUCCUGGUCUUCCUCAUCAACUGCAUCUCCUACACCCUCAAGUACCGCCACAAGGAGCUGUCCAUCGAGGGCCAGGAGAGCAUGAACCACGCCCACGAUUGGGUGUGGCUGGGGAAUGAGGCAGAGCUGCUGGAGAGUCACAUGAGCCUGUCCCCACAGCAGGACGAGCUUACCUCCAUGGUGGACUGCAGCGCCGGGCUGGAAGAGGGCAGCCACCUGCUCAAUGGGGGCUCUUCCCAGAAGAACGUGCAGGGCCAGGUGCACCGGGCGGCAGACAGGGCGUGCUGCACAGCCACGGCCAAGGACAGCAAAGAAGACUCGCCGACCACAAAGAGGAAGCGUGUGAAGUUCACCACUUUCACCACCAUCCCACCAGACAAUGGCUGCCCCACUGUCAGCACACUGAGCAUGGGCCACAGCCAGGACAUUAAGUGGGUGUGCCAAGAUGUAGAGCUGGGGGACUCCAAGGAGCUCCGGAACUACAUGGAGAGGUUAAAUGACAGUGCUUUAAAAGAGGUGCUGUAG